AUGACCAGUCUGCAUCUGCCUCCGCCUGCGGGGAACGCUUCCUCCAGCUCGGGUACCUCGUCGAAUCCGCGAUACACCCCGGUCUCCAAUCCCUCCGACGAGGAGUCUCCAGCACCCCGGCCUAUCAAGGCUCCAUUGGGCCCGCUGCGACUGCAGACGAAUUUCGACAAUACCCCAGUGGCCGGGCCUGUCUCGGACAUUGAGGAUGACGACGGGUAUGAUACCGGGGAAGAGCUCGAAAGCAAGAUGCCGCGGGGUGGGGCGGCGCCGAAAUACUCCCCCGAGGAGGAAAAGGACGUGGUGAGGCGGUUUGACCGGACACUUGUGCCGUUUCUGGCUCUGCUGUAUCUGCUGGCUUUUCUGGAUCGAUCGAAUAUUGGAAAUGCCCGUAUUGCAGGACUCCAGGAUGAGCUCCGGCUCUCGUCUUCGCAAUAUGAAUGGCUGCUCACCGCAUUCUACAUCACGUAUAUUCUGUUCGAAUGGAUGACGCUCAUGUACCGCCUAGUCCCUCCGCAUAUCUACAUAUCGCUUUGUGUCUGCGGAUGGGGUCUCGUCGCAUCUUUCCAAUGCAUAGCGACCUCGUUCUGGGGGCUCGCUAUCCUCCGGGCUCUGCUGGGUAUCACCGAGGCGGCAUUCGGCCCUGGCAUCCCGUUCUAUCUGUCGCUAUUCUACCGCCGACAUGAGCUUGCCUUCCGCAACGGACUGUUCAUUUCGGCUGCCCCGCUAGCAACAUCCUUUGCGAGCAGUCUGGCCUGGGUGAUUGUCAAGCUCAGCAACAAUGGCCCGAUCUCGCCGUGGCGCACACUGUUUCUGGUCGAGGGAUUCCCGAGUGUGAUCAUGGCGGUUUUUGCCUGGAAUUUGAUCCCCGACUCGCCGGGCCAGGCUCGGUUUCUGAUUCGUCGGCAGAGAACGGUGGCUCAGUUGCGACUGGGCGAGAACAAGGCAGAGUACCAGCAGUCAUCUGGGGGGCAGUUUAAUUGGCGGGAAAUCUUGAAGACGGCGGCGGACCCAAAGGCGUAUAUGGCAGCUUUCAUGUUCUUCAGCUGCAAUGUCGCCUUCAGUUCGAUGCCGGUGUUUCUGCCCACCAUCAUCAAAGACAUGGGCUACACCUCUCUACAAGCCCAAGCCCUCUCAGCACCACCCUACCUAGUAGCCUUCAUCGUCGUGCUAGCUACAGCCUACGUCUCAGACCGCAGACGCAGCCGCAGCCCCUACCUCAUCGCACACGCACUCCUCUCCGCAACGGCAUACCUCGCCAUCGCAGCAACAGGCCAUUUCCACACCCACCUCUCCCCAGCACUGCACACGUCCAUCCGGUACAUCUGCGUGUACCCCGCGACAGCGGGCUUCUUCUCGGCGAUCACGCUGAUCAUCACCUGGUCGAUGGACAACCGCAUCGAAAAGGAGGGCAAGGGCGCCAGCAUCGCCAUCCUCAAUCUCAUUGGCCAGUGUGGCCCGCUGCUCGGCACCAGACUCUAUCCGGAGUCUGACGGGCCGUGGUAUGUGCGCGGCAUGGCGGUGUGCGCGUUCUUUAUGGUGCUUGUGGCGCUGCUGGCGUUGAUUCUGCGCGUGCUUUUGCAGCGGCUGAAUCGUGCUGUCCUGCUGGAUUCGAAACCGGAUAUUCAAGGUCGGCCUGGCGGUUCUCAGGGCGGGGAGCGCGAUGUGCUUAUUGGUGGUGGGCGGCGGGAUGAUCUGGAGGAUCAUACGGGGGAUCAGAGGCUUGUGUAUAUCAUUUGA